CCCUCAUUGGAUUUCCUUCAAGUCUAAGUCUUCCACACAAUCUUCAUUUUCCUAGGAAAAUCUUCAUUCUCCCAGGAAAGUAUUCCCUUUUUCCAGCAAAAGAAAUUCAGUUCUGCAAAUAAAAAACUCAUGGGGAGGACUGGAUUGUUUGAUCUUGAAAAGCAGUUUGCCUUCUAUGGAGCAUAUCACAACAACCCAAUUAACAUUUUCAUACACACUUUCUUGGUGUGGCCAUUGUUCUUCACUUCUGUUCUUCUUUUCCACUUCACACCUUCUCUCUACAGUUUCCCAGUUUAUGGCCUCGAAUUAAAUUUGGGGUUUGUUUUCACUUUGGCGUAUUGUCUGUAUUAUGUCAAAUUGGACAAGAAAGCUGGGUCCUUGGCAGCUUUGAUUUGUAUUCUCUGCUGGGUUGGAGCCAGUAUUCUUGGCAGUGAGCUAGGGUUUUCUAAGUCGUGGAAGGUGGUUCUGGGUGGUCAGUUCUGCAGUUGGGCUGGACAGGUCGUAGGCCAUGGGAUUUUUGAGAAGAGGGCCCCUUCAGACAACUUUCUUGAAGGACUUCUAACAGGGCCGUACUUUGUGUUGCUUGAGCUUCUUCACUUAGCUUUUGGGUACGAGCCCUAUCCAGGGUUUCAAAAAAGUGUGAAGGCAAAGAUUGAAGCUGAUAUCAAAGAUUGGAAGGCCAAGAACCAAAAGAAAGUCUCCUAGUUAAUUUAGCUGGUCUGAGAUAUAUGAAUGUACUAAUAAUAUUCUAUUAGGUUAUAUUUUGUAUCUAAAUUUGUCGACUCGAAUCUAUAAUUUCCACCAAUCAGUUUGAUGGACUUAUAGUCUUAUACGAUUGUAAGAGUAAUUUUUGCAGUGUAACCGUCGCAAGAUUUCUUUUAUAACAACUAGCUUAUAUGAAAGUUUCAGUUUUUAAGGUCU